AUGCCCACGUCUCCCGCAGGAGUUGACAACGUGUCCGUUAGGUCAAGCUACGAACUAGAGCAUCCCAAACCCUUGAAUAUCGAACAGCGAGACUCGCCUUCCCUUGAACAGGUACCGUCAGCCACGGGAAUGGGGUACGACCAGUCAUUGAAGUCGGAGGGACGUCCAGGAGAUGCUGUAUCCCGCCAAACGGCAUUGGUUAUCAUGGCUACUACAUGGACCAUAGUCCUAAUGAACGCGCCAAUGAAAGUGGGGUGGUUUGCGUUCCACCCGCCAUUACAAUCUUUGGCAAUAUUAUUAUUUACAUUUGGGAUCAUUACUCUCCAGCCCACCAAUCAGCCUAAAACCAAAGCAGCUGGUCUGAUGCGACACCAAUUGGCAAUUUUUGUUGUCGGUUUUCCAACAAUUGCACUGGGAACAAUUGCCGUAUCUUAUAACAAAUGGCUUCGGGGUGCAGACCAUUUCACGACCUGGCAUGGUUUCUUCGGAAUCAUAACGAUGGCGUGGUUAGUGUUCCAAAUAUUUCUGGGAGCCGGGAGCGUGUGGUAUGGCGGUGCACUGUUCGGCGGCGGCAUGAAAGCAAAAUCUUUAUGGAAGUACCACCGGCUUUCAGGUUACAUUUUAUUUCCUCUGCUAUUGUUCACAGUCCAUCUUGGUGGGGGAUGGUCCACAUGGGGUGAAAAGUAUAGUUAUUGGAUUGUACGUUUCGUCACAUACACAGUUGCCCCUUUAGCAGUCCUGGUAGGCGUUUAUGCACGCAUUAGGCCCUCGAAAAUGCAAUUUGCAAUUAAUAAGUAG